UUCUUUGACAUUUGUAGCAAAAUAUUUUGUGAGCGAAUUGUUUGGUUUUCAAUAAUUUUUCAUAAAUUUCAGCCUCCCUGUAAUUUCCUACACAAGAUUUAACGUUUUCGGAACGAAAUACAUUUAUAAGCUUCAAACUGUUUCGAUUAAAGGCAGAAGCAAUGGAGGGGGACGAAAUUGGUAAUGAUUUAGUGAGGUUGGAUAAUGGUUACCUCGUCGAGGACGACUCGUACGUCGUCAAUUCUGACGAUGUUUUAGAUCAAGAAGAGAAUAACUCAGAUUCCAAUGGUGGUGGCAAGAAUAUGCCAUUGCGGGAACAAGAUCGGUUCCUGCCUAUUGCCAACAUUGCCAAAAUUAUGAAGCGUGCUAUUCCUGACAACGGAAAGAUAGCAAAAGACGCAAGAGAAUGUGUGCAAGAGUGCAUAUCUGAGUUCAUAUCAUUUGUGACAAGUGAAGCCAGCGACCGGUGUCAGGUGGAGAAACGGAAGACAAUCAACGGUGAAGACGUACUGUUUGCACUCAACACGCUCGGCUUUGACAACUAUGUGGACCCAUUGAAAUUGUAUCUGAAGAAAUAUAGAGAAUUGGUCUUGAAUCCCGUAACAAUAAACAAAUUGAAUAGUAAACCCAUUAUAGUGUAUGAAGAAAAUGGUCAAGAUAAUUCAGAAAAUGAGGGCGAGAUACAAACAGAAAGUGGCACAGUGAUCUACACAUAUCCAAAAGGCAGCAUUGGUGAAUUCAUCGGGUGAACUCAGGAUGACUAUUGUGUUGUGAGCACCAAGGACUAUUUUACGUUAACAGUGACAGAACUAUUUAUAAGGUACCAACACCAUUAUUUUUUAAUGAAAUCUUUUUAAGAUUGUGACUGCAACAGAUAAAGGUAAGAAUAAGAAUAAAAAUUCUAAUAAAUUUUA